CCACAGGACAAGACAGUCAGUACUCAGUGGAGUGAAAGGCUUCUAGCAAGCACAGCAACCUGCAGCUAACCAACUACAUUCUUCAGUUACGGCAGACCUGCAAAAUGCAAACUAUUCGCCAGUGUUCAGUGUGCGCCAACCGAGCGGCUGGAGCGUUUCUGCGAAACCAGACAGACCAUGCAAUGCUGCAAAGCAACAAGAGUGUUCUCAAAAAAGAAGCAAACUGCACUCGUUCCCUAGGCACUUCAGAGAAUGUCCUGUUCAGAAAGCCUACAAUUCAGAAGCUGGCGGAGUGGACAGACUUGAGCGUAGCAUCGUUCAUUGUAGGCCGUGGGAUUUGUGCUACACCUUUUACGCAGCAGGUAGAACACCUCUCCCACGACUCAUUAAUUCGAAGGGCGGCCUCAGUGGUUACAGACAGUUCAUGCACUUUCCUCUCCCAGACCACCCUGGCUCUCAUUGAUGCUCUUACAGACUAUUCAAAGGCUGUACACACACGCAUUGCUCUCCAGAGACGAUACUUGGCCUCAUUGGGUAAACUGACCCAAGCAGAGGAGGAUUCACUGCAGAGAUUGAUCAAUGUCCAGCGUGCAGAGGUUACUGACAGACUAGAGGAAUGCAAACGUUUUGAAUCAUUCUGGGUCACUGCUGUCAACUUAAGUAAACUGGCAGCCGAAGCAGUUUACACUUCAGGAGGUGAACAGGCAUCAAUCACACUGAGAACAAACAUUCACAUGGCCCAGUCGCAGGUGGAGGAAGCUCGGAAAGUGUCUGCAGAUGCCGACAAAAAACUGGCCGAGACUAAAGUAGAAGAGAUUCAAAGAAUGGCAGAAUAUGCGGCCUUCUUAGACAAUAAUGAAGAGCAUGAAAUACAUGAAGCUUAUCUACGAGAGGACUGAGACAAAUACAAAGAUAUGCGAGGACAAAACAGAAAAUGAUAAAAGUCAGUGUGCUAUUGAUUUCACAGUAUUAGGGCUUAAAAGCUAUCUUAUGUUGUUAUCACUUGCUUCCUUUUUAAGCCUCUCAGUCAUACAAAAUUAAGUGGUAAAAAUAUAUAUUUAAAUAAUUGCCAACAAUGUAUAAUGACUUAUUUUUGCAUAAAUUCUUAUUUAAGACUAUUUAUUUGAUUUGUGAACCGUAGCUGCUUCUGGACCGCGAUCAUUCUCUUUCUAGUAGGAGUUUUAUGGCAGUGAGACCUGUUGCUGGCCAUUGUUUAUUUUAUAUUACUGUAGAUGUUUUUUAUAAAGUAUUUGUUGUUGUCUUAUUUUGGCCUCAUUUGUUUAGCUCAUCGCGUAAUAGCAAGCAAUUAAACGAACUAACAUAAUAUAUGUUGCAUGUUUUUUUCUUUUUCUUUUCUGUAUGCUGGUCAUUGCCAGUAAUUUACAAGCAACAAUAAACCAAGAAAGACUA